AUGGCAAUCUUACCCCAGGGAACAGCGGUACAAAUGUUAGUGCCUAUCCAAUGCAAAUACUGUCGCCUCUUUAACAUUCCUGGAAGUAUUGGAGCAUCACCUGAUACUGAUCAUGUGCAUGAAAUGACUUCCAAUGAAGACGCCGAAGAUCUUGCCGAGGAUCAAAACCGUGGCAGCAAUCUUACCCCGGGGAACAGCGUUGCUGAACAAUUUGAAGGUUUAGAAGUUGUCGAAGGUCUUACAAUAGCAUGA